GUUUCCGAGGCGCACCUGAAGGCAGCGCAGUGUUGUGAAUGAUGUGAUGCAGCGGCGGCGAAUCGUGGUCCACACACGUGUCGAGUCAAUCUGAGGAUAGAUGGGUCUGUGAAAAAAAUCUAAAAGCGUUACUGUCAGGAUCCAUAUCUCGUCUGUGGGGGGGUUCAAAGUUCUUGUGAACUGUCGUCGAUUUGUUCCCGAAGAAGGAGCAGCAGCAGCUCUGGUUGAAGAAUAUUUCGUCUUAUCUGCAGAUACCAGAGCACAAUGAUGAAGUACAUCCUGGUAACCGGAGGAGUCAUCUCCGGGAUCGGCAAAGGCAUCAUCGCCAGCAGCGUGGGCACAAUCCUGAAGUCGUGCGGCCUGCAUGUCACCGCCAUCAAGAUCGACCCGUACAUCAACAUCGACGCCGGCACGUUUUCGCCCUAUGAGCAUGGUGAAGUGUUCGUGCUGGACGACGGCGGCGAGGUGGACUUGGAUCUGGGGAAUUAUGAGCGUUUCCUCGACAUCCGGCUGACUCGAGACAACAACUUGACCACCGGCAAGAUCUACCAGUCGGUCAUCAACAAAGAGAGGAGGGGAGACUACCUUGGCAAGACUGUGCAGGUGGUACCACACAUCACAGACGCCAUCCAGGAAUGGGUUAUGAAACAGGCCAAAGUACCCGUCGAGGACGACGACGUAGAACCUCAAGUUUGUGUGAUAGAGUUAGGAGGCACUGUCGGAGACAUCGAGAGCAUGCCUUUCAUCGAGGCCUUCAGACAGUUCCAGUUUAAAGUGAAGAGGGAGAACUUCUGUAAUAUUCACGUCAGUCUGAUACCACAGCCCAGCGCAACAGGAGAGCAAAAGACCAAACCAACCCAGAACAGCGUCAGAGAGCUGAGAGGACUGGGUCUGUCCCCUGACCUGAUCAUGUGUCGCUGCUCCACCGCUCUGGAGAACUCCGUCAAAGAAAAGAUCUCGAUGUUCUGUCAUGUAGAACCCGAGCAGGUCAUCUGCGUCCACGACGUGUCGUCCAUCUACAGAGUACCGCUACUGCUAGAGAAUCAGGGCGUGGUGGGCUACCUGAGCAGGAGACUGAAUAUGCCCAUUGAGGCCAGACCCAGAAAAAUGCUGACUAAAUGGAAGGAGAUGUCUGACAGGUCAGACAGACUCUUGGAGCACUGCUCGAUAGCACUGGUUGGAAAGUACACCAAGUUUUCUGACUCCUAUGCUUCUGUCAUCAAAGCGCUGGAGCACUCCGCCCUGGCCAUCAGCCAUAAAUUGGAGGUUAAGUAUAUCGACUCUGCGUUUUUGGAGCCGAGCACUCUGCAGGAGGAGCCAGUGAAAUACCACGAGGCAUGGCAGAAACUCUGCAGUGCUGAUGGCAUCCUGGUUCCUGGAGGUUUUGGUGUCAGAGGAACUGAAGGAAAGAUUCACGCCAUCAACUGGGCCAGAAUGCAGAAAAAACCUUUUCUAGGUGUGUGUCUUGGAAUGCAGUUGGCUGUGUGUGAGUUUGCCAGGAACACACUCGGAUGGACAGACGCCAACUCGACUGAAUUUGACCCAGAAUCAAAGCAUCCCGUGGUGAUCGACAUGCCAGAACAUAACCCGGGGCAGAUGGGUGGAACCAUGAGGCUAGGGAAGAGACGGACCAUUUUCAAGAGCAACAACAGUGUAUUGCGCAAACUUUAUGGAGAUGCAGAGUAUGUGGACGAAAGGCACAGACACCGCUUUGAGGUCAAUCCUGAGCUCAAGGGUCACUUUGAAGAGAAGGGCUUCCGCUUCGUAGGUCAAGAUGUCGAAGGGGAAAGAAUGGAGGUCAUAGAGCUGGAUGAUCAUCCAUACUUCGUUGGAGUGCAGUACCACCCCGAGUUCACCUCUCGACCCAUCAAGCCAUCGCCUCCUUAUCUUGGCUUGCUGCUGGCAGCUGCCGGGAAGCUACAGAGCUACUUGCAGAAGGGAUGCCGCCUGUCGCCACGGGAUACAUACAGUGACCGGAGCGGCAGCAGCAGCCCAGACUCUGAGAUAUCAGAGUUGAAAUUACCUUCCAUCUCAAAUGAGUGACCAUGAGAGCUCAGGACUUCAUGGUGGCAUCUAUGGACUACAGCACUGAUGAGGGUUGCUGCUGACAAGCUGCAGUGAAUGAAGUGUUUGGAGCACCCGUCACCUAAAACGGUUCAACUAUUGACUUCGAUAAUGCAGCUGUAACACCACGAUCAGAUGUUUCUGUACACUAUUGUGGCCUUAUUGUAAAUAAACACUGCUACAAGUUGCAGCUUAUUCAUAACAUGUCUAACAAUGAAUGGUGGAAAAUAAAACUGGUUCAGAAGUA